GGUGCCCAGUAUAGUGAGCAGAGUGAAGGUGCCAGUCCGUGUUCCAUCGCCCCCGGAGAUAUAACGUAUACUCUUACUCCCAAGACUAACUCAGUCUUAUCGUUACUCCCAUGGGCACCCCUGGCACCUGCUGGAUAACCCCUGGCACUCGUCUGGCAUCGGGGUGAAGGUUUCCAGAACUGGGUCAGUCAGUAACUCAGUUUGGUGCACGAGGGAGACGCUGAUGUGGGCUAUAAGGUGCUGAGGCAGUGAUCACAGUGGUGGCGAUCACGGUGAUGAAGUGGUUACCACAGUGAAGUAGCAAUCACAGUGGUGACGGUAUGAUGUAUGGGUGAUGUGAUGAUCUGUGAUCAAGAGAUGGGAUGAUGAUGUUACAAAGAUACUCUUGUGAUUUCAUUAAGUCAGUAUGUGCGAGAUGAACACGAUCACUAGUCGCACUGAUGGCUCACAACACCUCUCGCAGUAAGAAAGAAUUGAAAAUUUUGAACAUUUCAAGUAAUCUAUAUACUUAAUGUAAUCUAAUAUUUGAGAAAAAAUGUAACAAGUCAGUGUAUAUGUGAUGAAUUUUUUUUUUUUACUCCCACCUAAUGUUUAGUGUACAGUGGAGCUUUAUAAUACUGCCUGGUUAUAUGGUUUCAGUAGGCAGUAUUAUUUUUAAAAUGUUCAAAAUGCCACACGGUGUUACUUGCAAGAAAUAUCAACUAUGUUAGAAACUUAGCAAAUAUAAUAAUCACUGUGUAAGGCAAAGGUUAUAAUUACUGUUGUAGAGAAGUUAUACACACUUGCGGAGAGAUUUAUGUUUAUGUGGUUUCCGUGAAGGUCAAACCAAGGCAGCUCGGCUUUCAAGAAAUAAGUUAGAAGUAUAAUUGGUGUCCCACGAGCAGUGUUUACUCACAUGGAGUGUGGGACGACAAGUUGGCUGAGCUGUGUUUACCCACACAGAGAUGUUUACCUAGCAUUACCAGGAAGGUGUAAUUAUUAAUCAGCCGGAUAUAAAACACAGCUGAUCGACCUGGUAUGCAGCAGCUGCUCCAGUUAUGGUGACUUAGAGACACGUCAAAGGACGUCCUUGACAUCGAAAGACAACGAUUUGCAGAUGCCUACCCAAUGAAGGGAGGGAGGUUAAAAAAGAAAGCGGCAUUAAGGCUCUGCAUCGUCAGCCCAACUCAAGAGACAUUGGCAAACUGCUAAUGAGGGAAUAACACUGUAAACACAAACAUAAUCGGCUGCCUUCGACACUGCUUAAAGAACAAGAUAACUUUACCGUAAGCUCUAGCACGCUCACCCCACCCACAUAUACCAUGUUGGGAUAGAGGAAAAGGCAGAGGAUAUGUGGUGUUUCCCCACCUCCUCCAUACCUCACCACCAGUUCCUGCACAGCACUGGAUAUACGAAGUAGUUAGUGAAAGUAACUUCGGUUGGUGUGUUGUACUGGUGCUUAUUUUGGUGGGCGUCGAGGCAGAGACCAAAAUAUCUUGGAGACCGCUGGGGCUGCAACCACCACCAACGUCCCAGUGCAAGAUCCUGUGGAGAGUCGGAGGGCAUGCGAGCGUCGUCAGGGAGAGGUUCAGCUCCGCCUAGACCAGGUCGUGAAGUCAGGACUCUUGUGAAGUGAGUCGUCGCAGGCAACAGGUAAAUGAGUGGUUGUCCGGACUCUUGCAUGCAUCUUGAAGCAACGUCCACCGGAAGCAGGAGGGUCUGAGUGGAGGGUGGUGGUGGUGGUGGGCGGAGCGUAGGUUGAGGCCGGCGGGCGCUGGGGCUGAACGUUUGCCUGCCUCGUCAGUCUGUCACGAUCUAUAGCACGGAGAGGGUGUGCUGUGCGCCAUCCUCCGCACCAUUAACACGCUCCACGCCACACACUUAACGCACAGCCAUGCGGUGGCUAACACAACCCGUGGUCAUCGCAUUGGCCAUGAUCAUCAUCUUCACUUGUUUAUCAGAGACCUCUGCCAACGCUGUGUUUGAGUUAAAACUGAAAAAGUUUGUGAACAAGUAUGGUCGGGAUACUGAGGGCCACUGUUGUAGUGGUUUCAAAGAUGCACAGGGCAAGUGUAGUGAUACCUGCAGAACCAAGUUCAGGGUGUGUCUUAAAGUGUACCAGGAGGUGAUCGACCCGAAAUCCCCAUGCACUUUUGGGGAGGCAGUGACGCCUAUCUUGGGCAAAAACGAAGUGGAUUUCUCGAAAGCGGAUUUGGAUGGAUUUGUGAAUCCAGUGCGAUUUCAGUUGGCUUCGUGGCAGGGGACCUUUUCUCUCAUCAUUGAAGCUUGGCACGAAGAACCCAACGGCACAGCCUCAUAUGUCGGACCCGCGCUCAUCACCCGGUUAAUGACUCAGCGGUGGCUGGAGCUGGGUGAGGACUGGACCGAAGAUGACCAUCACACAGCUCACGCCUCCCUAAGCUACGAGUACCGCGUCAUCUGUCAGGAGCACUACUAUGGCGAGGGCUGUCGCAAGUGGUGCAAGCCUCGCAAUGAUACCUUCGGCCACUAUGUGUGUAACUCCACCGGUUACCUGGUGUGUCUGGAGGGAUGGCAGGGCACCAACGACUACUGCAUCACCCCUAUCUGCAGAGCUGGGUGUCAUCCAACCACGGGUCACUGCGAACAACCCAACGAAUGCAGAUGUCACAAUGGCUGGAAGGGUCCCAACUGUGACGAGUGUGAGAAGUACCCUGGGUGUCUCCACGGUACUUGCGAGAAGCCUUGGCAGUGCGCCUGCGACGAGGGCUGGGGCGGCCUCUUCUGUAACCAAGACCUCAAUUUUUGUACCAACCACCGACCCUGCAAGAAUGGUGCUACUUGCUUCAACACUGCGCCUGGUUCAUACUCUUGCCAGUGUCCACCCGGGUUCUCCGGCACCAACUGCGAGAUCAUCAACGACACCUGUGCCACCACACCGUGUCGUAACGGUGGCACUUGCCUCGAUACAGGCGAUGACAACUUCGUGUGUCAGUGUCCCUCUGGCUUCACUGGCCAAUACUGUGAAAUCUCUGGCCAGUCGUGUGCUGACCGUCCGUGCAUGCAUGGGGCCACUUGCUCGGAUACCGCCAUGGGUUACCAGUGUCUGUGUCACGCGGGUUACGAGGGACCCAAUUGUGAACGACCCGUCAACGAGUGCGCUUCAGACCCGUGUCUCAAUGGUGGGUCGUGUGUGGACGAACAUGAUGGGUUCCAGUGUGUGUGUCCUGUGGGCUACACUGGUGCGCGCUGCCAGACUAAUAUUGACGACUGUGCUCACCGGCCUUGUCUCAAUGGCGGUACCUGCAUGGAUGGUGUCGACUCGUACGUGUGUCGUUGCAUACCUGGUUACUUAGGGACGCUCUGUCAGACUAAUGUGGACGACUGUCGUACUCAACCCUGUGCAAAUGGUGGCACCUGCAUUGAUGGUAUCAACGAUUUCCAGUGUCAUUGCAAAUCUGGCUGGGGUGGCAGACAGUGUACGGACACCGUGCCAGUACCACACUCACCCUGUGCCUCGACCCCUUGUAACAAUGGAGGUCACUGUAUGGAGGCACCGGAUCUUGCAGUGGGUUACAAGUGCUCCUGUCCUGAUGGAGUAGGCGGCCCUCGUUGUUCCAUUGAUACCUCCAAGACCUCUCCACACACAUUCAAGGUUGUGGAGCCUAUGUCCCCAGCCCAGGUGGUACUAAUUGUGGUGUUCAGUGCAGCUGUGCCAGUGCUGGUGGUAGUGUCGGUGCUGGCCAUAGUUUGUAUGAAACGCAAACGCAGUCGUGACCUCGCACGCCAAGAUGAAGAGGCUCGUCGUCAAAAUGAACAAAACAUGGUGCACAACGCUGUCAAUGCCGUCAAUAAUAAGUGUCUUGAAGAUCACAUGAUCUUCAACUCUCUGGAUUACCCUGCCAAGCCCCUCAACACGCAGCCCCAGGGCCACCACGGACCCCAACACCCCCAGCAGCAUCACCACCACCACCACCACCAGGAACCAGAGUAUAAGAAGGUGGUGGAGAAUACAUACAGCAUCGUGCCAACCAGGAGUACUAAGACACUCAACACAGACGUCUCCAGGCUGUCCCUUGCAGAUCGCUUGGAGAAGGACCUAGACGCCCCCACCUGCCGUGGGACGCCGACCUCAGAGUUCAAUGCGCCCUGCAAGGUGCUCCCAGACACACACCUGCCUCGCACCCACAGUCACAGCGAUGUGUACAUGAAGCGAGGUGGUGCGAGUGGGAGUGGAGGCAGCUGUGACAUGCACACCUCCACGAACACGUUAACCUCUACGUGUACACCUUCCACCUGCACCACGCCCUCCAGCGUCUUCGUCAUAGAGGAACACUAUGACGACGAGAACUACAUCGCCACCGAAGUCUAGUAGUGCCAAGGUGUCCUAGGAAAACUUUUUUAAUACUGAAAAUUGUGCUAGUGACGCCAAAAAGACUUAAAUUACAAUUGAUAG